UAAAACGGUAUGAAAGGCUAAAAAUUGGAAAAAUUUGACUCAACAGGCUAUAUUUAAUGGAAAGGAGGUUACCUUAAUGUGUUUAUGCUGAUUAAUACUUUUUUUUGUCUGAAUUUUAGAAGGUAAAAUGUAAUUUGAAACUAUCUAUGAAGAAUUCUAAAUAAGGGUGAAAAAGAAGGGAUUCUAGUGUUAAUGUAAAUGAAUCAGUCUUUUAAGAUAGAGUGAAUAAUUAAUUUUGUUGAAAUAGUGGGUAUUUUAUGUUUUUAAAGUAUUACUGUUUUGAAAUAAAAAAUCUAUAUAAGUAGUUCUGAAAGAGAAAAAGAGUUUAAAGACCAAGAAAAUAUCAUACGGGUAUUUUGAAAUAGCUGUCAAUAUGGCGGAAAUCAGUAGAAGGAAAUUUAUUGAUACAAUAGUUAAUGAUGAAUCAGAAAAGAUAAAUAAGAUUAUUAAUCAGUCAAUUUUAAAUGAUAUGGUAUCUUUAGAAAAGUUAAAGAGAUCGGAAGAGCCUUUAAAUGUUGCGCUCGAAAAAAUUGAUGUGGAAAUAAAGAAAACACGGGAAACACUUUCAAGAUUAAUUUUGAAAAAUGAAACAUUGUUUCUAAAAAGAUUUAACCAAAAAACUGAACUUUAUGAAAAAAUAACGGAAUUGAUUGCUAAUUCAUCAGUCUUGUCGGAAAUUGAGAUUAGUAAUCAAGAAAUAUCGAAAACACUUAAUGAUAAAAGUGAAAAUUUGAGGGAAUUGAAUGAUUCUAUACAAGUGAAGGAAGCAUUGAAAGACACUGUUUUGAAAAUCAAAUUCAUAGUUAGCUUAAUAAAUAAAGCGGAAAAUUUCAUUAUUCAGGGGGAUUUAUUUAGAGUUUUUGAUACAAUAAAUGAGGCGGAAAUUGAAUGUAAUACUAUUCGUGAUGAGAAAAAUGUUGUAAUUUUAUCUUUUUUCAGAGAAAAAAUAUCAAAGCUUAAAUCAAUUUUAAUUGAAAGAUUUAAUGAUAUUUGGGACGAUUUUGUACGUUUUGAAGACGAAUUUAUAGUUAAGAAACAAUUGAAAGGUCCUUUUCAAAAAAAAGAGUCUUUAGUAUCCUUUAUAGAACUAUCUAGGCAAUUUGAAAUGUUUGACAUUCAUAUGAUAGAUAUCUCUAAUUAUUUCGUAUCAAAAUAUUUCCAGACUUUCUUGUUGAAUAAAGAAAAUUUUUAUGCAUUGGAUUGGAGUGAAAAUGAUGAUGAGUAUCAAUUGAUUAUCAAAAUCGAUACUUCAAAAAAAAAAGAAUCAGUUUUUCCGUCUUUGUUGAUAUUAAUUAAUUUUAUAGAAAAAGCAUUUCCAUCUAUCAUGUUAUCAAGUUUAACAAAACACCUUUUUCCUAAAAUACAAUCUUUUUUAACCAAUGAUUACAUAAAUAAUAUCAUUCCGGAUGGAAUUGAUGGAUUAGAUAAAUUUAAUGGGAUACUUUUAGAGGGCUUUGAAUUUAAUAAAGAAAUUAAACAAACCAUAUGGAAUAAUUACUUGGAAAUUGAAAAAUGGAUAAAACAAGCAUCAGAGAGUUGGAUCAUGAAAAUAAAAUCUAAUGCUAUUGAUUCUGUUAGGAAAGUUUUGAAAUUAGAGGAUCCCUGCAAUAUUAUUAUUGAACGUGUACAAAAUAUAAAAAGUAGACAAGUUGUUGAUGAUGAAAAAGUUGAUUUUGUCGAUAAUAAUGAUUGGGAUUUGGAUUGGGGAAAUGAAGAUAAAGAAAUUUUUGAUGACGAAAAAAAUAAAGUUACUAUAGAACAUGAUACUUGGGGAUUGGAUAAUGAUAUAGUAGAUAAUGAUUCUGAAAAUGAUCAUUUGAAAGAUGAAUCAUGGGGUUGGAAUGAUAAUAAUUAUCAAGAUAUAGAUACUAAAAAGCACCGUGACAUGAAAGAUCUAGAAAAUAAAAAAUCUUUGUCAGAUUUUUUAGAAUACAAGAGCUAUGCUAUAUCUUUUUUUCCAAAAAAAAUUAUUCCUAUUGUUCAAAAGCAUCUUUCUUAUAUAACGGAGUUAAUGAAGCCUCAAUAUGCAAAUUAUAUGAUGGCAUCUUUUUUUCCUCAAUUAUCUGAUUCUAUAACAUUGAUUCUAAGUACGUUUAGGGCAUUAGUUCCUCUCCAUUGUAAUCAAUUGUUAAUAUCACCUAUGUUAUUAUAUAAUGAUUUUAUAUAUUUUUCUGAAUAUCUUCAAGAACUUUAUGAUGGUUCGACUGAGUUGCAUUGUAUUCUUGAAGAAAGUAAUAUUUUUCGUGAAGCAGGUAAUUUUGCAUAUUUUUUUGAACUUCAAAUGCAAAAAAAAAAUAUUAUUUCAAUUCUUGAACGAACUCGUGGAUUUGUGAAUUGUACAGAUAAACAGCAAAUUGAAAUAUGUUCUUUUGCACUUUCUGAUUUACAAGAAAUGUUUCGAGUUUUGUCGAAAUCAUGGGGAGAAAUUUUCACUAGAGAAACAUUAUUUGAAUCUAUUGGAAGGCUUUUAGAAAUUGUUGUCGUUUAUAUUAUUACAGCAAUUAAAGAUAUUCCUGAUAUAUCUGAAGCAGAAUCUAAACAACUCUCGACGUUAUUUAAUCAAUUUGCUCAAGUAGAAGAUAUUUUUACUGUUGAAAAACAAAUGUUUCCUAUAACACCAACAUAUGUUCCAAGCUGGCUUAAGUUUCGAUAUUUGUUGGAAAUUCUUGAAGCUUCGAUGCAAGAUCUCAUGUAUUUAUAUAAUUCUGGGGCCUUGGUUGACUUCGAAAAAGAAGAAAUUAUAGAUUUGCUUAAAACAUUAUUUGCAGAAACGCCAAGUCGAGCAGAAAAUAUUUUAAAAAUUAGAAAUAGUUGAUUUUAUACAUAUAAAAACAAUAGUUUCGGUUAGUUCUUUAUAAUCAUAAAUACAGA